AUGGAAGCAUCUCAAACGCUGGAACUGGAGCGAUCGAUUCGAAUUGCGAUUGUUCCGCUGGGGAACACGCGUGAUAACGUAACAGCGGCAGUUCAACAUUGCCUUUCUCUAACUGAAGCUGUGAAAUUACAGGACAUCCCCGAAUUUGAGAUUUACUCAACUCGUUUCAAAUCAAGUGAUUACGAAUCGAAUACUGUAAAUAUUUUGUAUACAACGCAACAAACAAACUUCGGAGAAGGAGUUAUUUCUCCUUUUGAACCCUUUUUUGUACAAACAUAUAUGCGCGUUUUCGGAUUGAUCUGUGUAUAUGAUAUGCGAGACGGCUUAAACAUGAACUCUAUUGAAAAGCUGUUUCUGAACGAGUGCUGCAAGUUUCCACACACGGCGUUUCAGCUUCUUCUUCUUCUAAAAAGCGUGGACGCAAUGAGCAAGGAAGAUGCCGAGCAGGAGUACAGCCAAUUAGUUCGUUUGCUGGAAAACCGCGCUCACAAUGUCUCCAACAAAUCUGGAGCGGAUCGCGUAUUGGAUCAAAUCUACAGCGUUCCCUGCAUCGCCGGCGAUAGCCUUCUCCUUUUCCCUUCGUCCACAGGCGACUCCUCCGCCUCCGGACUCACGCACGUCUUUUUGAAGGACUUGGUGGACACGUUUUUCACCUCGCUGAACAAGUUCACAGCAGCGAUGGCGAUCCGCGAAUGCACGCUGUGGCUGUAUCAGUUAGAGCACGGGCUGAACGAUCGCUGGGUCAUCCUGCCUGGCGAAGAAAAAUACCGCGAGCGGUCCAAGAAGCAAAUCAACCGCGAGGGAAUGCUGGAAGGCUAUCUGAAUCUGGUGUGGGGCGAUUACUCGGGCGCGGCAAACAAGUUUUUCCUCGUGUCCAGCAAGUCGAAAGACGUUCUGCUACUGGCUGCCUGCAAUGAGGGCAAGAGCUGCUGCUUGCUGUGCGAUUUUUUGGAGCAUCCGCAGGAUUACAACCAUCUGGUAUCGAUGGUGAUGGAAGUGAAGCGGCUGAUGAACGAGGCGUAUGGUUUCUAUCGAAAGAAGGGCUACGAUGAAUUAGCGAUGAGCUGCUGCUUCAAACUGAUUUGGUUUUACAUUCGAAUCAUCCAGGUCGUUUCGCUUCUCCAAUCCCCCUUUCUCACUCUCGAAUUAUUGGAGCUGAGCGAAGAAGAAGCUGCCAUGGUCGCCAAUCCCGUCGAGUUUUUCACUCAUUAUCUGCGACAAAACGUGCUGUACGUGCUUGCGAAAUGCGACGAUAUCGUCACAACGCUGAUCGCUUCCGCUUCUUCCAAGCCGCUCUUGGCAUCGCUACUGCAAUGCGUCGCGAUCUGCGAAGAAAUGGGGUUCUACCGAAAGAGUUGCUACUUCAUGGAUAAGCUUGGGAAAUACGCAGAACAGCAGAAGAAAUGGGCGUUGUGCUAUUCGGUUUUUCAUACCUGCAUCACGCUUCUCUUCGAUCGAGACGCGUUCAAUCAGAGCCAGCCGGCCUUCAAUCUGUCCUUCGAUUCGCUCAAGACCGAUAAAAUCAGUCAGGCCAUCCAGUCGAAUUCGUGGUCAUCCAUGGCGCUCCACAUUCUGCAAGACAUGCAGCAAUGCGUGCGCGUGCUGGGAUACACCGAUCUCCGCAUCGAAUACAUUCUCCUGCUUCUCUGCUGCUUCAGCAAGCGUCGUGGCGAUGUGCGAAUGCUCCGAUUCGAUGAAUUCCAGGACACCGAGUGCAUUAUCGGCGCGCUUCUGUCCGAAUUGAACGAUAUCAGCACGAGUAUCGAGGAAUAUCACACCUUCGCGCCGUUUCCGAUUCGCUUUCUCUCCAUGCAGGCUGCGUGCUUAGCUGACGGCGAUGUCGUUUCGGAACGCUCAGUCUCGAAUAAAGGAUUUAUGUUUUUCCCCACGUUCAAACCCAAAACGGAACCCAAGAAAGUGCAAAACCCGAAGCAAAUCUGGGUGGUGGGCGACACCUACGCGAUGGACGUCACUCUCCACAAUCCUCUCUCGUCGUCGAUUCUCCUCCAUCGACUCGACACGCUGCAAGACGGUUCGGAACUCACGUGCAUCGCAGCACGAGACAUUUUGCUUCCGCCCUUCGCCAGCGUCACAUCGCGAUUGUAUCUAAUUCCGCACUCCUGCGGACAAAUGACGAUUCGAGGCCUUCGCGUUCAUAUCGGAAAUGUGUGGAGCUCCGUUUACUCCAAUUCAGCCUCCACUUCCCCGAUUUUGGAAGUGGAAGUGAUUCCCUGUUUCCCCAAACUGCCGAUUACCGUGUCGGCUCCGCCGCAGAAUUGCACGAAAGGUGAUUUGCAUUCGUUGGAAUUAACGCUGCGCUGCAUGGAGGAACAAAUCGGAGAUUUGACGAUCCAAAUCAAGAUGAUUCGAGGCGAGAAAAGUGGAAACGAAUGGAUUUUUGAAGGGUGA